AUGUCCAGGAAGCUUGGUGAAGCCAUUGCAAGUGUGGGUCUUGUGAUCCCAAGAGCUAUCCAUGCUGACUUCAGCAUUGGCCUGUCACGCAAUCUUCCUCUCCUAUCUGGAUGUAUCUUACACACACUGAAUGGUAAAUCCAGUUUUGGUUUAAACCUGAGCGGAAUCAAGGACUAUUUGUCUUCUUCAGAUCAUUAUCCUUUAACUCUAGUUUUCAAACAACAUGGGCACGAAGAUGUGAAAGGAAGGAAAAAGUUAACAUAUCCAGUCCCUGAUGAUUUCUUUGGAGAAAUAACACCUUUAACACAAGAUGAAAUAGACCAUUAUACCAAGCUAGCACAGUCAUGGGUCAAAGGACUAUUAGAUGCAUCCACUUCUGAUGAGGGUUUUCAGUAUGUCUGCACCAAGAGUGAUGUUGAUAUUUACCAAGGAACAAGACCUGGGAGUCAGCUUCAUCUUAUUCGUGGCAAGGCUAGAGUGAAAUCAUCUAAAGAGGAGGCAAGAGCACUCAUGAUAGCGGCUACUACAGAAAGUUUCCGUCGUCUCUUCCACAUGAUAGAUGUUCACUUUCAGGACGGUUUAGUACUUCAUCAGUUUCCUGCUGGCUAUAAAGUUCCUGAGGUACCCUUCUAUUCCAUAAAGUGGGCUGUAAUGGGGUCACCGGGACCUGUUUGGGAAAGAGAUGUGUGUUGGCUGGAAUAUGGAGACAUAUUCACUGAUGAAGCAGGCAAUGAAGUUGGAUUUGGAGUGGGAUCUUCGAUUACCAGACCAGAGUGUCCCACUCUAGAGAAUUACAAACUUAUCAGAGCUGAAAUAUUGCACACUGGAUAUGUUUUUAAGCAUUGUGUUGAUGACCCAGGAUACAUGGAUGUAAUCUAUGUUAUUCAAGCUGAUCCUAAAGGUUGGAUUCCGAAGUGGGCUGUCAACAUGUUUGCUUGGCAGCAAGCACUGAAUGUUGCACGGAUAAGAAAGAUCAUAGAGGGAACUCUAGAAGCCAAGCAAAGAAUGGCACAUCAUGACAGACAUGGUGCUGAAGUGCGAGGAGUAUUGAUACCCCAUGGUCAAACCCACACUGUCCACAUGAAAGUGACACAACCCAUCUCUCAGAUUACAUUUGGAUUUUGUUCCAAUCAUUAUGACAUUGGCUGUUAUGUGUCAGGCUUACCAACAGAAAGUGAGUGGAGCAAAAGUAAAAGAUAUAGCGCCCAUGUUACACCAGUAAACGGAAUGGUGCUGGCAGCAGAUGCAGGAGAAUAUUGUUUGGUGUUUGAUAACUCUUACAGUUGGUUCAAAUCCAAACAGAUUUAUUACUGGUACCAUGUGGCUUGUGGUGACAAAUCAACAUGCUCAUAACAUGUUCAGUUUCAAGACAACAGGCAUUUUAUGUAGUUUCUUCUGUCCCUUGCAUACUUGACAGAUUGAGUGUUGGCUGCAUGUAAUUAUUAGAUAGGCUGGCAUUUAUUAUAAAUUAUUUAAAUUUAUUAUUUGUUAUUACCAUAGCAUACUCAAAGUAUACUUCUAAGUCAUGGGAGGAAAAAUUGCUGUAGAUGAUAAUUUUAAAACAAAAUUCUCAAAAUUAGGAAAUUAGAAAUUAGGUCUUUUUCGAUUUUUA